AUGGACCGCGACUUUGAGAGCCAACUGAAAGACGUCUCCUCUCAUGAGAUUGAGAAUGUGAAUAUCAGCGAGUCUGUCUCGUUCAGCCCAGAAGAGGAGAAGGCGUUAGUGAGGAAGAUUGACCUCACCCUCCUGCCGACUAUCUGGGUCAUGUACCUCCUGUCCUACCUGGACAGAACUAACAUCGGCAAUGCAAAGAUCUCUGGCAUGCAAGUAGAUCUCGACUUGUCAUCCAACGAAUAUUCGAUUGCCCUGGUUGUCUUCUUCGUCGGAUACGUGGUUUUUGAGGUGCCUAGCAAUCUUGCCCUGGGUCGAUCCCGACCCUCUAUUUUUCUCCCAUCAAUCAUGAUUCUCUGGGGUGUAUUGACUUGUGUGAUGGCUGUUAUCAACGAUUUCACCCAUCUGGUAGUUCUCCGCGUCAUUCUUGGAUGUGUCGAGGCCGGCUUUGCCCCCGGUGUGAUUCUUCUCCUGUCAUCAUGGUACAAACAAACUGAACAAUCCAAGAGAUUCGGUGUGUUCAUAUCUGCAGCCGUCCUGUCAGGCGCCUUUGGUGGCCUGAUCGCUGCCGGUAUUGUUGAUGGCCUUGAGGGGGUUCAUGGUAUUCGUGGUUGGCGGUGGCUGUUCAUUAUUGAAGGCGCCGCUACUGUCGGUUUUGCUAUCAUUUCCCUCUUCAUUCUUCCUGAUUUCCCGGGUACAUCGCGACGUCUCUCUGAGCGCGAGAGGCAUAUCGCUGUGGCACGCCUGGCCGCUCAGAACGUCACCGCUACGACCGAGGAUACCGAGCACCUAAGUAACUGGGAUGCUUGUAAAGUGGCUUGCCGAGACCUUCGCACCUGGACGUUUGUUAUUGGAUAUAUGGUCAUCGUCGGUUCAAGUACCCUGACGUACUUCUAUCCUACCCUCGUACAAGGACUUUUCGGAGAUGCAUCCACCAAGAAAAUUAAUCUAUUGACUGUGCCAAUCUACGGCGUGGCAUUUAUCGCCACCGGUGUCACAUCCUACUUCAGUGACAAAGUUCCCAACUGGCGUGGCGUCAUUAUUGCUAGUUGGCUGACAUUUUCCCUGGUAUGUUCGAUCAUUGUCUGUGCUGUGUACAAUUUCACGGCUCGGUAUGUUCUCCUGGUUCUCAUGGCAUCCGGCCUUUGGGCCACCAAUGGAGGUACACUGGCCUACGCCUCCUCUGCCUUUGGUGGGAUGCACCCCCAGGCCCGAGGUGUUGCUUUGGCUAUGGUGAAUGCACUGGGUAAUUUGGCACAGAUCUACGGAUCGUACCUAUUCCCAGAAAAGGAUGGCCCUAAGUAUAUCAAGGGAUUCUCUGUCAUUUCGGCGAUGCUAGCGGUGGGCGUGAUUGACUUUUUGUUCUUGCAUAUUUGGUUCCGUCGCCGCCAGCGCACCCAGUGA